CACAGCACCUCGUCGGCGCGGCGCGUUUUGCAAACACAGAGGCCGAACCUCGUUCCUUCGCCUGGCUUCUGUACAAGGUUCUAUUCUUUGGCGACUCAGAGAGAGGAUAGCAGCCAGAUAGUAUGUGGAAUCGUUUAAAAACACCUGCAUGCCUUCACUAGCGCUUCCGCACUUGCACUCUCUUUAGGGUUGCGCAGUUUUCGGAUUAAUCCGAUUAAAUUCAAAAAACGCUCGUCCGAAAAAAAAAUUGGCGAUUCGGCUUUAUCUAAACAACUUCGAAUUUCUGGGCCGUAUUUGUGAUCACGUGACCGUGCCGUGGCUACAUUCACUGAAGAAAGUGUGAAAAGUAUAAGGCAUUCAUCGGACCAACGAACUCCUCGCGGAACCUGCUCAUCAAGCUGAGACUUCAGUGACCCCUUCGGCAGAGUCUUCUAUCAAGGGCGCGCGAAAAGCACGGGCAGCAUAAUGAGCCACGGUGGUGACCAUAGUGCACACUCGGGCCAUGCGGGUCAUGUUGCCUUACCACCAAAUUUCACUACUCCAAGCCCCAACUCAUCAGCGCCUCUGCAAACAGUCUUUACAGCUGCUUUGGCUGCCGUCACAAUGAGCACUCCUACACACCAUGCACAACCUGAUGCUUCCUCACAUAAUCAUGGGCACGGUUCCUCACAUGGAAGCACGGACAUGCAUAUGGCAAUGUACUUCCACACGGGAAUCACCGAGACCAUACUCUUCAAAGACUGGGCUGUCUCUUCUGUUGCAGGAAUGGUUGGCUCUGUAGUGGGAGUGUUUUUCAUGGCUGCCUUGUAUGAAGCUCUCAAGUAUUUCCGGGAGCAUCUCUUCAGGCUGCAUUUCUCCAGCAUGAGCUAUUCAUCUGUGGCUGUGACAGGCCGGGAUGGCCACACUCUGACAGAGGUCCAUCAAAUAGUCAAGAACAGGAUAGUGAGCUGGCCACACUUGCUACAGACUUUCCUGCAUAUGGUUCAGAUGGUGAUUAGCUACUUUCUCAUGCUGAUUUUCAUGACGUACAACGUCUGGCUAUGUUUAGGUGUUGUACUUGGUGCUGGCUUUGGCUACUUCAUCUUCGGCUGGAAAAAGGCCACUGUUGUGGAUGUGACAGACCAUUGUCACUAACCAUUGUGUUCUACUCCUGACUGACAGUAAGCCCAAUGUUAUGCAUAUGUGAUGCAGCCUUGUAUUGCAUGUAUUACUUUAUGUAGUCAAUUGUUUGGGAAACAUUUUAGAGGCCAUUAUUUGUAUACGCUUUUGUUUUCCCGUGAGUCUAAUGAACCAUGAGCAAUGCAGUCGGCUAACCAGGGUGGCAGGCCAGAUCGUCUUACAGCUUGCGAUUAUCCCUAUGGCGAGCACAGAAUACAUUUGGAAGAGGGGUACCAUCCUUGCACUUGAUUCACUACAGUGUGCAGGGUUGUUUUAUAGUUUAAUCCUUUUGUGUUAUGUUUUGUCAUUGAAUGUCAUGAGUGCAGGAGAACCUCCAACAAAUUUGUCAUCCCAUGUGCUUAAGGCUAUAGCUGCAGAAAAGUUACUGAAGCAAUUGGCUGCACUAAUGUCAUUACACAAUAUUUGCAACCCAGCUUGCUUGUUAUGUUCCAUAGACCAGCAAGGCUGCAGGCAGCAACUCAUUAUAAAGACAAUUUAGUUAAUUGUGUAUCAUCAUUUACCAUUUAGCUUGUUUUCUUAUAAACUGCCAUUGAACUUUAACAUGGUUGCUCUAAUUACUGUGUUUAGGAUGUGGUUUUUCUAAUAAGCUUGGCAUGUACAACUUUGUAAAGCAUCAUAGUCUUUCUUGAUUCCAUUCUUAUUCAUUGUUUUAGGUAUUGGUAGACACGUUGUGCUUUCAUCAAUGCCACUUGAGAUUUAUAUCAUACUGGGUGAACAUUCUCUGGUCUCGGCACUAUUCUGUGACAUUGGGACUGUCCCCGCCUUCUUGCUAAACUCUUUUUGCAGUGAACCAGAUAUUAAACAUGAGGGUUUUGGUUGCCCCAUAUCCAUUGUUAUGUUAAUCUGAAACCUUGCCAUUUCACAUAAUGCAGUUACUGUAGAAGAUUUUAGGUUAAGCAUAAACAUGGCGACUGCUUAUGUUGCAUAUAGUGAAGCUGGAUAAAAUUAGAAAAUUAGUAGGAGCCUUUUGAUACCUAACCUGUCAUCAUUAGAAUGUUGACAAAAUAUAUGAUUAAUCUUUUAGGGUUAAAUGUUUAUUGUGUGAUUGUUUGUUUGCCUUUGUUGAGAUUCAUAUAAAGCUAGUGCUGUUAUUUAGCUCCCUUGUUUAUUCCUUGAAACUGCCAGACCUUAUAGCUGAACUUAUUUUGUAUGCUUUAACCAGACGAAAUUCCCCCUUUUUUGUAAUUGUUGCAAAGGGAGAAUAGCUUGGAAGUUUUAGGAGCACUCUGGGACUUUUAUAUACCUUCAAACAAAGUGAGUAUAUAGGCAUAGUAUAUAGGCCUUUGCAUAUUUUCAUUUACAAGUGUAGGCAGAGUGCAUGAAGAUUGCUCACUUUUCACAGGGCUUGUUUCACAUCCAACUGCCGCAGAGCGAGAGGUGAAUUCACACCUUUGUUUUUUGACAAUUACCGGUGGCAUAGCCAAGGCAUGUUCACGAAAUAUGCAGGGCUAGAGUUGAUGUAUUCAUGCCACGCUGUUUGCAGCCAUGUUUUGUUAUAGUGUGAUUGUGUAUUCAGGAACUGCUCAGAGGUGCAUUCAAAGCACUUAUCCAGUGUAAUUGGACAGCUGCAAUUGCUCCAAUGGUGAGCAAAAAUGUCUACUGUAUUUUGUGACCAACCAGCCUAAUUUCAAGUGCUGGUACACUUCGAAGUAGAUGUCUGUACAUAUGAAACUGUGAUAUCACCUGCAAGGACCACUGUUUUUGCUCGUGUAAAACAUUUGUUCCCCAUCCUUUUUCCAUUUGGCGUUGAUUCUUCUGUGGUGUUGCACCUCAUUAUUUAGCUUGGCAGCAGAGGAAUUGUGCUGAGUUAUCUUAGAGGGUCCUUGCUUGGUGGCCUUGGCCAGCAGCUGUGUGCCUGUGAGCAUAUACUAGGAGUGGAACUUUUCCUUUUUUUUUUUUAUUUAAGCUUGUGGCUUUCAGAAAAUUGUGCAGUAUAAUUCAAAAGGGUUAUAUUUUGCACCUACUCACUCUGCAAAUGUAGGCUGUCUUAGAUUGUGAGUACAAAUGUCUUGCAAAAAUGGGCUUAGCAAUUGCUCGUAGUAAGAAAAAGGCUUACUGCUUUGUAAACUACAAAAAAAGAGUUUAAACAUAAUAUUGUCAAUUAUUUUGAUGUCAAAACUGAAAAGCUCUUUGCAUUGCGUAAUUACCUUUUAUUGAAUGUGUAAGGUAUUGAAACAUUUACAAGCACUGCCAAUUUGAGUAUAUUGUCAGUCACAUUGAAGUGUGUGCUUCGACAUCAUACCUUUCAUUUACAUUUAUAUUUUUAUUGCCACAGCGGCCACGAUUCAAUUGGGGCGAAAUGCAAGAACACCCGUGUGCCGUGAAUGUUAAGGAACCUCAGGUUACAAGGAACUAGAAUAUAUGGGCAGUGCACCGACCGACACGUCCCUCGCCUUAUCGCGUGUGUUGCUAGGAGCAGCAGUGAACUGCUGCUCGUAGCAACAAUGUUGUCGUCGCUAGCUAUUGAAGGCAUCUAACAAACUGUAGCUCUACCCAUGGCUGGUCAGGAACACGCCUCUGGUCUGAUGCUUGGGCUCCAGCACACGACGCGCUUCACUGCAAUGCACCUUUAAUAGUUAGCAACUGCAGCACUGCCGCUACUGGCGACAUAAAACAGAUGAGCCAGAGAGGUGAGGUCACACAACUCAAAGAUUCUGGUGCACUCUACCUAGGUGGUCAAAUUAAUGCAGAAUCGGCCACUGAGGCGUGCCUCAUAAUCGUAUCGUGGUUUUGGCACAUAAAACCCCCAUUUAAUUUUUUAAAAUUUUUAUAGUGCAAAUAGCAUCAAAUGUAGCCAUUCAGACAUUCAAAGUUUAGUUUCUGCUAGCAACAUUAACAUUGAUAGAAGAAACAGUGAAUAAAAUUGGUAUGACAUUGAGUGGAUCAUUUUUCACUGUAGUGGGGAUACUGUGCAGAAUUAGUUUUCAGGCCAUAAACUUGUGUGUGCAUGCGUGUGUGUUUGUGUGUGUGUGUGCGCGCACACAUGCAGUUUCCAACUGCACUCAAGGCACACAGCUGUGAGAGCACAAAGUCAUCAGUGAGUCCAAUGUGUCAUGACAAGCAUUGCUUGUUUGGUGAGCAAACCUUUCUUUUAGUACCUGCUUCUCCUUUAUAUGUUUAGAAUGUGAGUACUAUUCCAGUGGCAUGGGAUGUGUACUACAAGUCUGCUACUCAUUGUUUAUUUGUAAAACUUUAUUAUUAGGUGAUUUUGACAGAGCCGGGGUCCCUCCUACAGUCCUAAUAAGAUAUUGAAUCAAUCGGUAGAUGAGAUGAAUUAAAAACUUGUUCUGUUGGC